AUGGCAGGAAUUACAUGGCAUUAUGUCUUCAAAUUUAUCAUAACAGGCGACCCAGCGGUUGGAAAAUCGUCGCUACUUGUCCGCCUAACGGACCAAAGAUUUUUGGCAAAUCCCGAUCCGACGCUAGGCGUCGAGUUUGGAUCAAAGUUGAUAACUAUCCCCGAAGAUAAUAAAGUUGUGAAGCUCCAAUGUUGGGAUACUGCGGGACAAGAAACAUUUCGCGCCAUAACGCGGUCUUAUUAUCGUGGUGCUGCUGGCUGUCUUCUCGUUUACGACGUUACAUCACGCGACAGCUUUGAACACCUCCGAACAUGGCUUGCUGACGUCCGAAAGCAUGCAGACCCUCACGUUUCAUGUAUUCUUGUCGGUAACAAAGUCGACCUUUGUGAUGAGCCGACACCUUCCGGAGCCUCGGCCCCUCCCACGUCUUCCAAUUCCCCAAAUACAUCGUCAUCAGCAUCUUCUAUCAUUAAGUCUUCUAAGUCUUCUGCCUCUCCAUCUAAAGUCAAGCGGAGAUCCAGAGAAGUUUCUUAUGAAGAAGCGGAACUAUGGGCGAAACAGGAGGGUCUUCUGUUCGUAGAAGCCAGUGCAAAAUCCGGCCUGAACGUCGAACAAGCGUUCGUUGACGCUUCUCGUGAUAUUUUGGAAAAGAUAAAGAAAGGUGUUUUUGACGAUGACAGAUCACCUGGAGUGAAGCAAUCACUGCCUAACUCCGCUCUUGUUGAUGGUUCUGCUGUGAAAUCCACUUGCUGCGCAUAA